GAUUUCAGAUCUAUUUUUCAGUUUCUGCAUUGUUUUCUUUGUUGAUUACAGAUUGCAAUUGCCUUAUGGUGUGCAUGUUCUUGAAGAAAUGGACGAGAUUGUUGGACACAUUGAAGGCAGAUAUGACGUAUCAUUGGCAGACUCCACCAUGAUGUGGAUUGUGCAAUACGGCAUGAACAAAGCUCAAGAAAGGAUGAAGACGAAAACUGGAGUCAUCGAACGCUUGAAUGAGAUAUCAAAGUUCUAUGAAUUGGCAGUGAUGCAGCUUGAAGGAUGCCUCAACAUUGUUAAAGCUGGGACAGAAAACAAGUCUCUAGAAAGCAAUCAUGAAGAAGUACUUGAAGAGCUAAGAGAAAUCAAAGAUCGCCUCCAAGGUCGCCUCGAGGAAUCUGAAUUGGCCAUAUCAGAGAAGGACAGAGAGUUGACAGAGCUUAAAGAAAGAGGGCCAAUGUCUCCGUCUUCCGGCCCUGGAACUGGGACAGCUACAAGUCCAACUUAUGAGAAUGAUCAAACAACAAGAAACAAGCAUAGUAAGGGUGAUGUCCAAGAAUUAAGGACUUGUAUGGAUCAACAUAUGCAAAACAUGAAACAAAGAGUUGAAACAAAACAUGGCAAGUCAGGUGAGGCAUCACAGAGUGGCAUCGACAGGAAAAAGAUCGAAGAGAUGGGUUCAGACAUUGGAAUACUAAAGCAGACUAUGGAUCUUGCUUUUACCAAGAUGCAGAGUGCUCUUGUCUUGUGUGAGAUGAGGCCAAAGGAGAGGCAAUGGAAGUUGGCAAUCGAAAAAGAUGUUAUGUCUAUUUUGAUUAGAAGUUUCUUGAGGGAGUUUCAAGAGAAUGCUGAUGCAAAAGAGAGGAAAAAAGAGGAUCAGGUUCUGAAACAUUGGCAGGAGCAUUAUUGGCCACAAAUGAUGAAUGAGGUUACAUGUCUGCAGUAUGAACUUGCCAAUUUGAAUGAAACAUGUGCUGAGGAUUCUGACUGCUCGGCGCUUUCUUCGCCAACCAAGGCUUCCCAGGACGAAGGAUGUUUCGAAAAGCCAAGGUCUCCUAAGAAGGUGGAUGAGGCAAAGCCGCCAAAAGUGGAAGAGAAUGAAGAUGGGAGUAACAUUGUUGCUAAACUGAUAAAGAGUCAUGAGUCUAUUAUUCGCAGAACGAAAGAAGAAAUGAAAUUGAGUAAGCUUGGACUUGCACAAGACAAGAAGGCCUCAUCCUCCAAAAUAAGAAGGGAACGCCUCAAAGAAAGAAUCCGUGCCGUUAUAGAAAGAUUGGAUAAUCUUACAGAUAGGAAUGAUGAGAUGAGUGAAUCUUUUCGUGAAAGCAAAACACUUCCACGGAGGAGGUUAUCCGAAAUAUAUGAGACUGAUAUAGUUAACAAGGAUACUGAUCACUGGGGAAGCACCUGGGAGAAUGAAAUUGGAGUAUUCAAUGCAGGAAAAGGACAGUUGUUAACAACAGAAAAGAGAUAUAACACAAUGGCAAGGUCAAAAGCACAAGGCAUUCAUGGUUCUGUAGGUAAAGGUAUGGUAGAAGAAUUUAAUAGUAUAUCAUAUAGUUAUGCCAUUGAGAUGCUAAUACAGGAGAGUGUUUUUAAAUGCUACUUAAUUAAUCAGUGGAAUGAAUAUACCGAAGAAAAUAUCAUUGAAAGGAAGAUUAGUGAUGAUAUAAUUCGGGUUCUCUUCUCUGAGGUAGCUAAGGAUAUCAGUUCUAAUCCAGAAUUUGCCUUAACCAAGUGUCAGUGUGGUAAAGCUGAGGAAUAUGGUGUACAAGUACAACGUUCGACGUGUAGUAACCAAGAGGAUGAAAUAGAAUGCACCAUAAGGGAGGAUAUAUGCUCGCUUAUGUUUAGGAAAACUUGUGAGGAAUUCAACACAGUAAUGGAAGGUUGUAAUGUUGACAGCACAGUAAGAGAAGAAAUACAUUGGAUUGUUUUUGCAGAAACAUUGAAAAGUUUCGCAGAUAUAGCCAGUUAUGCUUCAAGAGAGAAAAGAGAUAACAACACCAGUCUUGUAGAUCAGUUACAAUUCAUAAUUACAGAAAGUAUUCUGAAGGAAGAUGUUAGCAUGGUUGUCUUCAAAGCCAUGCUUAAGGAGUGGAAGAAUGAGGCAGAAAAGUACUACAUGGAGAACUUGAUAAGGGAGCAGAUACACCAAUUCAUAAUGGUUGAGACACUAAUUGAUGCUAUUCUGUUAUCCAUGGAAGUCAAAUCACAAGGUCAUUACAACAUAAGUGGAGAUAAUUAUCCUACUGUGAUGCUAAAUCAAGUUCUGGCAACACAGGGAGAAGAGAACAUGACCAUUGUAUUGCUAGAGUCUCUACUUAGAUGUUUUGAAGCUGGAGAGACUCUGCUGCUAUGUGCACAAUCGGAGAUCAACGAACACAGCAAACAACUGGACUUGGGUUCGGAAUAUGGUGACCUACAUGAGCAUGAAAUAUUUGAAGAUUUGAUAACUGGGGAGGAAAGAACUUUCUUUUCACUAAAUAGCAAGGUAGAAAAUGUCUUGCAACAAUUAGGUAUAAGCAAGGCACUUCUAAGGGAGUUAGGCAGCAACUUAGGCCACAGACUAAGUAACUCAGAAAGCUUUCAUCAUCACACGUCAUCUAUUGAAGAAGAGUAUCUGCAUCCUGCUUCUUCAGUUUUCUUGCCCCUCUUGAAUCUUUCACGAACAUUUCCGGAAUUUGAGGUGAUGGUAAGCCAAAACUUACAGAUGAUGACUGUGAGAUUGGAAAAGAUGAAGUGUUGUUUAGAUUCGGUUAUUGAGUUAGUUGAUAGCUUGAGAAACAAACAAUUGCUUUACCAAAAGGCCUUCAUCAGAAGGUGCCAGAAUCUCCAAGAUGCUGAAGCUGAGGUUGAUCUUCUUGGUGAUCAAGUAGAAGAACUGCUAACAUUACUUGAGCAGAUUUAUGUAACACUUGCUCUGCAUGCACCAACUUUGCAGCAGUACUUUGAGGUCUCUAACAUUUUGGAACUAAUAAAAGCAGAACUGAUAAGAGGAGCAUCUCAGACACUUGCAAGUGUAAACUAGAGAAUAGUGACUUCAACAAUGAGUACCAAUGUAUUGUGCUCGCUAUAGAAAGUAACUGAAAAAGUGAUUGUACUUUAUAUUUUGUUUUGCAACAGUGAUAAAAGUGUAUAAUCAUUAAGAUAACAUUGUAUCAUAAUACCAUUUAUGAAUAGAAUUAAAAGUUGUAUAAAACACUUUAUGAUACAAGUGAGGGUAUCCCCAAUAGUGGAAUUAAUUA